GUGGUUGUAAUAAUGGGAGCGUUUAGUCUGCAAGUUAGUCUUGAUUUCAUAUACCGUACCGGUACUUCAUGUUGGAUAAUCUAGUAACACGUUUCAUCCAGGUCCAGCUGGCCAGGCCAGGCGCAAGCCCCUGCCCCCCCCCCCAAAAAAAAAAGACAACUCUGUAACAAUAGUGGUCUGUGCGGCUGAAAUGUAUCGUCGUGUAUUAAUUUAGGCAUGACGCGACGGAUCUUGUCAAGAUGAGCCUAGCAUAACCUGUAAAUUUAGACUACCUUACGUUACCGAUACCGUACGUUGUUUUGCCGAGGAAAAAAAUUCAUUUGGGAUUUUGGCAGCAACGACGAGUCGAAUCCUAAGUGAAGAUUUUAGCAUUUGUGUAAUGACUCCUGUACCAGUCUCUGUUGAUGCAACCAAGUGGCAAUGAGAAAUGGCGGGUGGCAGUGGUUCUUUAGACCAUGAGGUCUGCAAGGAGAUGGCUGACCUGAUUGAGACUCUAACCACAUCAGGAAAACCUGCUCUUGACCAGGAUGUAAUGAAACAGCUCAAGAAAAUCUGCAAGGUAUCAGAUGCCUAUGUUGAGCAUUGCUUCCAUCUGGUCAUAAGCCAGCUUGAAGAAGAGCAUUCAGAGAUCAGACUAUCAGCAUUCCAGGUCAUCAAUGAGCUUUUCAGUCGAUCCCAUCGGUUCCGUGAGCUCCUUGUAGCUGACAUGCAGGAUUACAUGGAGCUAACCAUAGGGACCAAUGUGGAUCUUCCUCUGCCGCCUCCUAAGCCUGCUGCUAUUCUCCUCAAGGAGCAUGCUCUCAGGGCCAUGCAGGAGUGGCAUAACAAGUUUGGCAAGGCGUACAAGAAGCUAGGUCUGGGAUACACCUACCUCAAGAACUCUAAGAAGGUUGAUUUUGUGAAUAUACAAGCAAGAUCUGAAGCAGAGAGACGAAGAACAGAAGAGAGACAAAGACGUCUGCAGCAGGCCCAACAACAGAAGCUGAAUAAAGUCACUGUAGAAAUGAAUGAAAUCAUCCCAGAGAUUCAGGAGAGUUUGACACAAUGUGAAAACUGCUUCCAGCUCUUGCUUCCCAACAUGACCUUAGAUGACCUCAAUCAUGAUGUCUCCAUGGCAAUAACCUCCAGUCAAUCCCAAAGCAAGAACACAUCAAAGCCACUGCCAAAACAAAAACAUAAAGAAGAGAAAUCGGUGAGCAUACGGCAGUCAGAAGCGGAAAAUGAUUCUGACAGGACGAAAGAUAGAUUAUCGCAUAAUCCAAAGACCAUCCAAGAUGUUAAGUGUGAGUCAGACAUAACCUCUGGGCAAAGAUCACCAGUAUUAACAUCAAAGAAAAGCAUAUUUGACAUAGAGGAUGAGGAAGGGGAGGACCAUUUGACAAGAGAUGAACCAUCUUGUUUAUCAGGAGAGACUGAGAUAGAUAGAACUAAAGAAAGGAAAGAAGACUCAUGGCAGCCUUGUGGUAGCAGUGGAAAUAAUGAUGAACAAAACCCUGUGGAAGAAAGAACUAAGCAAUCUUUAGGAGAUGAAAUCAGUUUGAGUGAUGGUAAGCAGAGCAAAGAGGAUGAUGAUGAAGGAGAAGAUGAAAGUGAGGAGGACAAUAAUGAGAUGGAGGAUAAUGUUGGUGUAGAGAGGAGGAGCCUUCUCCAGCAGCAUGGUCUCCCAUCAUGGACAAGCAUCAAUAUCGAUAUCAGUUUGGGGACUGAAGGAGUGAAUAUCAAAGAAGAUGAAGAUAAUACUGAUGUCCUUCAGAGUCUUGAAGACCAGCAACGUCUCUUGACCACCAGGUAUCUGACCAAACUCAAUGGCUGGACAGAGACGCUGACAAAGUUAGGGAAGUCUGAUAAAGUCAAGCAGUUGAUUGACCUCAAGAGAGAGAUACAGGCCAAGCAGGACAAGUACAAGGAUCUUCAAGUGAAGUGGACCCAUUCACACAAGAAGAAAUCUGCAGGAAAAGAUAAUCCAGGUUGCUCUGGUGUGAAAGAAUAUAGGGGAGGAUCAGGUGGAAGCAAGGGAGAGAACAUUGAUAGCGAAGAUGAGGACGAUGAUGGUUUUGAUGCAGUCCCAGACAAAGAAGGUUAUGAGCCGGACAUUCCACCAGAGCUUCGGGAAGAGUUUGGUUUAGAUCCUCUCCCACUGCCAUCGUCCAGCCAAGAAACAACUGUUGAUUGGCAUCCCACCAGAGACGCUGACAAUGACAUCCUUGACCCUGCAUCUCAGGCGGGCAGUAUUGCAGCCAUGAAGGAGAAGCUCAAGAAGAUAAGGGAAAGAACAAAGCCUCCUCCAGGGUAUCAUGUCAUACCACCCAAGAAGUCCAAGCCUCUUCCUGAGGAGGAACGCAAAAGACAAGAGUUGUUGAAGAGAGCUCCAGUGGUGCCCUUUGGGACUGAUUUGGCUUUUUGGAAGAACCCAGAAGAUAUCAAAGCUCCUGUCAUCCUAAGAGCUGAUACAGAUGCAAGAACCUGGAUUGGAGCUGUGCAAGAUGAAGAAAUAGUACUAGAGUCGGCAAAGGACAAUCUUAAAACCAGAGUGAUGAGUUUCACAGGAUCAUUUGAGCCAGUGAAGUGGAAAUGCCGAGCACCCUUCACCAAUGGUACACUUUGUGAGAGGAUGGAUAGACAGAAGUGUCCUUUUCAUGGUAGAAUCAUUGCACGAGAUGAGCAUGGAAACCCUCAAGAUGGAAGCUCAGCUAUGGUUAAAGAGGAAGAGACUGAAAAAGCUUGGCAAGACCCUGAGCUUCUCAGAGACAUCGAGGGCGCUAUAGGCCUUGACCUUGGCUCGGCAUCGUCAUCGUCUUCUGGAACAACGGGUCAAACGGGAAAAGGAGGGAAAGGAAAGGGAGGUGGGAAGAAAGGUAAAGGCAAGGCCAAGAAGUAUCCAGGACUGACUGACAUUAAGAAGAUCAACAACACAUCCAGGACACGGCUGGAGAAGAUCGUCAUGAACAGGAGAAGUGAGGUAUUUAGCUUCCAAUAG